AUGAAAAGGCUUAAAGACACUGAAUAUUAUAACAAACUUGAAGAACCAACAUAUGAAGAGAAUGAUAUGCUUGAUCUUGCUUUCAGGCUCACAGAAACGUAUACAAAAUGUUGCAAGUCACGGCUCGGAUGCCAAGUCAUUGCAAGACCAGAGCUAGAUGGUGUUCGCUUGGCCAUUCCUUCUGCCACAAGGAACUUUGCGGUUGAUGGAUUUGUUCCUAAACCACAUUAG